ACACGAAAAUAGCGCGUCAGCCACCGUUAGUACUUCCGGGGCCAAGACUCUUUCUCUGCCAUGUGCCCGGUGGGAACCAAGUCACGAAGCUGCGUUUCUCAAACGUGAGUGAGAAAAACAAAGCCGGUUGUCUCUGCCCGGCGAAGCCCGAAGGACACGAGCGGUGUGUCUUCAAGAGCAGCACACCACCGAGAAGCGGACAACAACCAGCGGAACAGCGACGCAGUCUCUGGUCCGCCAUGGCGCUGUACAUGAAAGCUGCUGAGAUCCUGGAGAAAGCCGAGGCGAAGCAGGGCGCUUUGAAAACUCUGGUUUACGACAGCAAAUUCCCACACAUCAAGCAGCUGUUUGCUCUCGUGUGUGAGACGCAAAAGUUCUCCGCCAUCCUGGAGGAGAUCAUCGAGUCCACCAAGCUGCUCAAACAGACCAAGCUGGGCAUAAACCUGGCCAAAGUGCUGGUGUACGACCUGCUGAUCGGCCGCGGGCUCAAGUGCGGCGGCUCCUGGAAGACCAUGAUGAUGAAGCAUCGCGCCAGGAUGCAGGCGGUGCUGGCCCGCAUGAAGGUGAAGCAGAAAGUCAGCAGGAACCAGGACCUGCUCCCGCAAAGCGUCCAGAAGCUCGUCGGGGACCAGCUGCCCAGGUACGUGCGCGUAAACACCCUGAAGACCACCGUGGAGGAUGCGGUGGACUAUCUGAAGAGGGAUGGCUUCUGCUACCUGGGACAGGCCACCAGGCUGGGGGACUUGUCCCUGAAGAGGAAAGACUUUGUGAGGGACAUGCUUCUGCCAGAGCUGCUGGUCUUUCCUCCUAAAACCGAGUUUCAUGAGCAUUUCCUAUACAAGGCUGGUCACGUCAUUCUGCAGGACAAAGCCAGCUGCCUCCCCGCAUACCUGCUCAACCCCCCACCUGGCAGCCAUGUCAUCGACGCCUGUGCUGCCCCGGGCAACAAGACCAGCCACCUGGCCGCCCUCAUGGAGAACAAGGGCAAGCUGUUUGCCUUUGAUUUGGACCCCAAGCGUCUGGCCACCAUGUCGACUCUCCUGCUCCGGGCCGGGGUCACCUGCCAGCAGCUGGCCCACCAGGACUUCUUAAAGGUGGACCCCGACAGCCCGCAGUUUAAAGAUGUUGAGUAUAUCCUGCUGGAUCCAUCCUGCAGUGGCUCAGGUAUGGUGUGUCUCCGGGACGGCGUGUCUUCUGCAGACCAGGAGAAGGAUCAGGCCCGUCUGGCCUCCUUGGCCUCUUUCCAGCUGCUGUGCCUGAACCACGGCCUUAAGUUCCCCCGUCUGAAGCGCCUGGUGUACUCCACCUGCUCCAUCCACAGCCAGGAGAACGAAGAGGUCGUAACGGCCUGUCUGCAGCAGAACCCGGACUUCAGGUUGGUUCCUCUGCUGCCUCAGUGGCCAGAACGUGGCCUGGAUCCACUCACCCAGUGUCUUCGUGCCAGCACUACCAAGACUCGCACACACGGCUUCUUUGUGGCUCUGCUGGAGAAGCACACUGGGGCUGGGAAUAAGAGGCCAGAGCCAGCGCUUCAGAUAAGCGAGCCGGAGGCGAUGCCGCUCAGCCCGACCACCAGCGAGAAGAUACCUGCCGCUUCAGAAGAAAACAGACCUGCCGCUUCAGAAGAAGAGGAGGUGGAGGAGGAGGAGGAGGUGGAGGUGGUCGUCCCAACACCUGCAAUGAAGAGGAGAAAGAGGAUCAAGAAGAAGAAGGCAGCUGCCACAGUGGAGUGAAGUGUAGUGUAACAUGGGACUACUACAGCGUGUUGCCUGGAAACAAUUCUUUAUGUAGGGGGGCUUUAUCAAUAUGUGUUAUGUAACGGUAAAGUAAAACAUUACAUUUUACCGUA